AUGCAUGAGUACUGUCUUGGCCACUGUUCUAUUGCUGUGAAGAGACACCAUGACCGAGUUCCCCAAGUGGUGAAACAGAGACUGCGUCCAAGCUCAUUGAUUGGAAAUCUACUACCAGUGGACAACUACAUUGACAUACCAUGGCUGGUAGCUAUACCUGGAAAUUGUCAGGGUAUUGUCCUGACUCCAUGGCUGAUUCUUUCUACGGCUAACUGUCUGAAGAAAACGAAACUAUCACACCUGGACAUUUCUGGAGUAAAUAACCCAGAAAGCAUUCCACAUGGACAAAGAAUUUGCCUCCAUCCCAACUUUGAUCCUCAAGAUGAAAAUGAUCCAGUGAAAGCAGAUAUUGGCCUGUUCAUUCUGGAAGAGCCUAUCUAUGGGGAUGAAAUUCCACUAUCUCAGUCCCCAAAUAUAUCCUUGAAAAGUUGUUCUAAGUGCCAAUACAGAAGCUGUGAUGUGUAUGAAUAUCAGAGUAGCAAGAAGCUUGGAACCACAAGAGUAAAGAAGAUAGGCGUGCAGCUGCUAGAUUUCUCAACAUGCUACCAUCAACAUUCCUAUCUAGAGAAGACUGAGGGCUUGUGUAUUCAGAGUCAACCACGAGAAGACUGCUGGGUACAGAGAGCCAGUCCUGUUCUAUGUCUUCUAAAGAACCGCUGGGAACUGGUGGGCCUCAUACAGAAGACUUCAAGGAUAUGUCAAAAUCCCACAGUCAUCAUUAGAACAGCUCCCUACUUUGCCUGGAUGAAACAAUUCAUCAGGGCAUCUAAAAAACUACUGAAUCCUACUUCCUCCUUACACUGUAGGAAAUUGCAGGAAAAUGAGCAUGUUCCCCAAAUAAGACACAGCCAUAAUUACAUCUCCACCCUGGGCUCACCAGAUUCCACUUCAAGGUUUUUGCAAGGAAACAUAGGCAUUUCUCCACAAACCAAACAUAUCAACGAUGUCCCAACAAUCUUUAGUUUUAGUGACGUGAAUUCUUUUACUGAUGGUUAUAAAUUGUUACUCAAAAAAACCCAGACCUCACAAGCUGCUAGUUUUCUACCCAAGCAAGUGAAGUCAAUGCCUGUUGCCAUGUUUCCACAAAAUUCUAAACAGAAUUUAGUUCAAUAUCAUCAGGUUACCCCUUCACCUAAUGCAGGGAAUUUGCACAAGUAUCCAAUAUCCCAGCUUUUUUCUGACACAGCCAUGCCAUACACUUCUUCGAAGGCUAAUAGUGCUAAACCCUGGCAUUUUGUAACAGAUAAUUCCGAUGAGUCUUUCGAUAAAAUCAUGGCAGAUAUAAUUAAACAAUGGAGUCCAUUUGUAGACAACAAUGUGGAGGCUGCAAAUUCCCUCAAUGCUAAUACAACUGAUGACUCUUGGACAGAAAAUAGUACUAAUUUAGAAGAGUACAAAAACCUUUUGAAAGCCAUAACAAAUGGAUCUCAGAAUCAAUAUAUGACUCAGACCAACUUAGCACCAGAACUUUCUUUUUCUGGGGGACCCUGGGAAUACUUUAAUUCAGGCAGAGCUUUUACCAAAACAGGUCUGCCCUUGGAGCCUACACCGCCCCCCAUUGAAACCAGAAGGAUUCCCCAGCCAAGUGGUACAAUUGAGCCCUGGGGUUCUUCCUCUGAUUAUAAUACAGACUUUCAAGAUCAAUCAGUUAUUGAUUUACUAAGAGCUCAGAAUCAUCCUGAGUCUGAUUCAGAUAAACUACAGCCUGUACCAAUGGUCAACAUAGGUAGGCCUUCAACUUCUAAAGUGAUUACCACUACACCUUUACCCAUUGAUCUUGAGACUAAAAACCCUCCACACCAAAUUCCAUACAGUACGCUACCAUCACAAGGAGGUCAGUCUUUACUUAAGGCCAUAAUACAGCCUACAGUUGAAGUUCAACCCUAA